GAGAGAGAGAGAGAGAGAGAUCCUCUCACUGUAACAAUAUACAUCCUUCUUUUCCUCCAUCAAAAAAGAUUUGAGAGAGAGAGAGAGAGAGAGAGAGAGAGAGAGAGAGAGAGAGAUAUGGAUUCUGGGUCUGGUGGUGGGGCCUCCUUUCUAAGGCAACUAAGUGGUAGAGAUAAGAAGAAUUCUUCAAAGAGAUGGUCCAAGAAAGGCCCAAGUGAGAAGACAAUGAAACAGAUGGAAGGUCUCAACACAUGUGACAAUGGUGGAGUGAUGGUGAGGAAGAGAGUGAUGGUGAUCAUUGAUCAAUCCACACGUGCAAAGCAUGCCAUGAUGUGGGCACUCACACAUGUGGCCAAUAAGGGAGACCUUCUUACUCUCUUACAGAUCAUUCCUCCUCAAAAGAAAGCUCAAAGGAAGAGAACAAGGCCUUAUUUUGCUGACUCUUCUUCACCUCAUCUUGCUAACUCACUUGCAUCCCUUUGCAAGGCUUGCAGACCAGAGGUGGAAGUUGAAGCUUUGCUGAUCCAAGGGCCCAGAUUAGCCACAGUCAUCAGCCAAGUCAAGAAGCUGGGAGCUUCUGUUUUGAUCUUGGGCCAGCACAAGCAUUCCCCAGUCAGUUGCUUUUUCCGAGGUAGGAGUGAGAAUUUUGUGGAGCAGUGCAUUAACAAUGCAGAGUGCCUGACCAUGGCUGUUAGGAAACAAAGCAGGGAUGUUGGUGGUUACCUCAUCAGCACUAGAUGGCAGAAGAACUUCUGGCUCCUUGCUUAGGUCUUGCAUACAUCAACAUAUUUGGGAAUGAAAAAAAAAUGGCCCACAUGAUAAAAUGUUCCCUGUAUAAAGAUAGUUAUAAUUGAAUAUUUAGUUAAGCCUAUUGGUGAUAUUUUAAA